AUGGCCUUGAUUGCAUUCCUGGCUUUCUCUCUUCUCCUUAAUGGAGCUCUUGGUGAGCUUGUAUGUGAGCAGUUGCCAGUUGAUCUCUGCUCAUACUCAAUUGCAACUUCUGGGAAGCGAUGCUUGUUAGAGAAUUACGCGACGAAAGAUGGGAGUGUUAAGUACCAAUGCAAGACAUCAGAGGUUUUUGUUGAUACACUGAACGAAUGGAUUGAGACUGACGAAUGCAUGACUGCAUGUGGCCUCCAUAGAAACACAGUUGGUAUCUCAUCAGAUUCUCUCCUUCACCCUCAGUUUUUGGCUAAACUUUGCUCAGAGUCAUGCUACCAAGCUUGCCCCAAUAUUGUUGAUCUCUACACCAAUUUGGCCUUAGCAGAAGGAGUUUAUUUACCAAACCUGUGCGCCAAUCCUCGCCGUGCCAUGUACCAGACUAGAAGCAAUGGUGACGCCGCCCCUGCACCUGUUUCUGGUGGAGCCCUUUCACCCGAAUCUGCCAUCUCUGGUGCUGAUGUCGCCUGUGCUCCAACUUCCAUUUGA